UCGUUGGCCGUGAUAACUGGAGCAACUUUGUUCGCGAACGGUUACCUCUAACCAGAGUUGAGAAAAAAUGUGCAAGAAAGUGAUUUUGUACGCCGCAUGCUGCGUGUUGCGGAUGUCGGCAGCUUUGGCGCUGCCACUGCUCGACCAUGGUGAGGAAUCGCUGGAUAAGUUCGAAGGUGAUAUGAUCCUGUCCUUUGAUCAGAAGCUGGCGUUGGCUGGAUAUCGGAACGGUCUUGCUCAGGAGCAGUUUCGGUGGCCGAACAACAAGCUAUUCUACCGGAUUGUACCGGAUAACUUUACCUCUGAACAGAUGGACUACAUCCGUAAAGCGUUGGAUACCAUUGAGGAGGUGUCUUGUCUGAAAAUCGAAGAAGCUGACGACUUUACUGAAGCAUACGUUCAGAUCGUUGGAGAUGACGGCGGUUGCUUCUCGGAAGUGGGAUACCAAGGUGAAGUCCAGGUUCUCAACCUUGCUCCUAACAAGCUGGAGAACGGUUGCUUCCGGUUGGGUACGAUCAUCCACGAGUUCUUGCAUGCUUUGGGAUUCUUCCACAUGCAGAGUUCCGCCGAUCGGGACGAUUACGUGGAGAUCGUGUGGGAUAACAUUCAACCGGGGACGGAGCACAACUUUGCCAAGUACAACUCGAGCUUCGUGAGUAACUUUGACAUCGUGUACGAUUAUGGCAGCGUCAUGCACUACCCGGAGAUGGCGUUCAGUGUGAACGGAUUGCGGACGAUCAUUCCGCUGGAUCCGGAAGCCACUAUUGGCCAACGUGAGGGCAUGAGUCCGAGCGAUGUGGCCAAGUUGAGACGGAUGUACCGGUGUUAGUAAUAAAAGGACACAGUAAUACAUUUAUUGAUAAG